UUACAGGUAUUUACAUAUAAAUAUAUGCUGUAAUAAUAGUUAGCAUCCGCAACUUAAAUAAAAGUUUGAUAAUGGAUGAAAAUGGUUCUCAUGAGUUUGGGUUUGUGUUUGAAGUAGCAUGGGAAGUUGUUAAUAAAGUUGGUGGUAUCUAUACUGUAAUACGUACAAAAGCAGGAGUAACAGUAGAGGAACUGGGAGAUGACUAUUUUUUGUUUGGACCCUUAAACCAAAACCAAUGUAACACUGAGGUGGAAGUCAUAGAGCCAGAAUAUAAAAUCAUAAAAGAUGUAAUUCACUCAAUGGAAGAUGAAGGAAUCAAGAUUGUUUAUGGAAGAUGGUUGAUUGAAGGAACUCCAAAGGUCAUUUUGUUUGAUCUGGAAAGUGGUAGAAAAUGGUUGAAUUCAUGGAGAAAAGAACUGUGGGAGGUUGCAUCCAUUGGGAUACCUGAUUCAGAUACAGAAACAUUAAACUGUCUUAUUUUUGGUGGUUUAGUGGCCUGGUUUCUAGGAAAGUUUCGAUUUAUCAAUCAAGAUGUAUUAAUGACAGCACAUUUUCAUGAAUGGAUGGCAGGAAUUGGGCUGAUAUUUUCACGAACUAGACAUCUUGAUAUCUCCACUGUCUUCACAACUCAUGCAACACUUCUGGGUAGAUAUCUAUGUGCUGGAAGUAUUGACUUUUACAACAAUUUGGAUAAGUUUGACUGUGAUGCUGAAGCUGGUAAUCGUCAAAUCUAUCACAGAUAUUGUCUAGAGCGAAGUGCCGCUACUUUAGCCCAUGUUUUUACUACAGUUUCCCAAAUAACAGCAGAUGAAUCUGAACACUUACUCAAAAGGAGACCAGAUAUCAUUACCCCAAAUGGUUUAAAUAUUAUCAAAUAUACGGCACUUCAUGAGUUUCAGAACUUACAUGCAUUGUCAAAAGAAAAAAUACAUGAAUUUAUUCGUGGUCAUUUCUAUGGUCAUUUAGAUUUUGACUUGGAUAAGACACUUUAUUUUUUCACUGCUGGAAGAUACGAGUUUCAAAAUAAAGGCUGUGAUAUGUUUUUAGAAGCCUUAGCUAGGUUGAAUUAUUUGCUGAAGUCAAACAAUGUUGAUGUCACUGUGGUGGCAUUCAUGAUUUUUCCAGCAAAUACUAAUAAUUUUAAUGUAGAAGCUUUACGUGGACAGGCCUAUGUCAAACAACUUAGGCAAACUGUUAAUGAAGUUCAUGCCAAAAUAGGAGAUAAAAUUUUUGAAAUAGCAUUGAAAGGGCGACUACCUAAAGCAGAAGAUCUAUUAGAGCCUAAAGAUACAAUUCCAUUAAAACGCUGUCUUUUGGCUACUCAACAUUCUUCUGCACCUCCAAUUGUUACUCACAAUAUGAUAGAUGAUCAGAAUGACCAAAUCCUUAAUGCUAUUCGAAGAAUUAAACUUUUUAAUAUGAAAACAGACAAAGUCAAGAUCAUAUUUUAUCCUGAGUUUUUGUCAAAAACAAAUCCUUUAUUUCCAAUUGACUAUGAUGAGUUUGUUAGAGGUUGUCAUUUGGGCAUUUUCCCAUCUUAUUAUGAACCAUGGGGUUAUACUCCAGCUGAGUGUACUGUUAUGGGAGUUCCAAACAUUUCAACAAAUUUGUCUGGAUUUGGUCGUUUCAUGGCCGAUCACGUUGAUUAUCCAGAGUUUUAUGGAAUUUUUAUUGUUGAUCGGAAAUUUUCUUCUGCGUUUGAAUCAAUUCAUCAAAUUUCUGAUCAUAUGUAUGAUUUCUGUCUGCUCCGAAGACGUCAGAGAAUUAUCUUGAGAAAUCGCACUGAAAGAUUAAGUGAACUUCUGGAUUGGAAGAAUUUAGGAAUGUAUUAUCAGAAAGCUCGAAUGCUUGCAAUCACCAAAACUCAUCCCGAGCGAACUCCAAGAGUGCGACCUCAUAAAGAAAAACUUAAUCUUCGUUUUCCCAGACCACCAUCGGCCCAUACGUCACCUUCGAUUUCACGACAAGUAUCAGACGAUGAAGAUGAUGCAGACGCAGAUUUUCGCUGUGCUCCAGAUCCUGACGACCAUAUUUUUGGCUCUAGAAGAAAUUCUUCCGAAUCUUAAUUUUAGAAAAUUGCAUAUAUUUUAUAAUAUAUGUUCAUCAAUUGAUUGAUUUAAAACAAUUAAAAAAACUGGUACAAAUAAUAUAUAUAUAUAUA